AUGUCUCCUCAAUCUUCUAUGAUUUUCAAUUCUAUCUCUUCUCAAAGUUCAUUUCCUGACGGAAUCGCAGAAAAACUACCAAAUACAACAAAAUUUGCUUCAUCAGAUAUGCCAACACAAUUGAUAAAACCACCAUUUCCACCAAUGAUCAAAGUUUCUGAUAUAAUCUCCAAAAGGGAUCCAACUCAAAUAAAUCUAAAAGGACCCAAUGCUUUCUUAAUUUAUCGCAAGGCAUUUUUGGAUCAUUUAUCAAGUUUAAUGCAUUUAACAUCCAUUAAUGGUUCUUCACCAUCAUCUUUAAUUGAUAACGAAAGCAAACAAAAAGGUUAUGGCAUAAAAUCACAUUUAAAAAUGACCGAAUUUUCAAAAUUUGUUAGUAUUUGUUGGAAUUCUGAGCCUGAAUUCGUUAAAGCAACUUAUAAAGAUAUGGCUAAACAAGUUAAAGAUGAAUUAGAACAAUUAAGAAAGAAUAAUUCUUCUUCGAGGAUAGGUAGGUCCAAAGUUAUUUGGAGAAAUGCGAAAUGUCCAAUCAAGAAGAAGAAGAAGGAUGAUGAUUCAAAUAAUCAAUUAUUUAAAAAUUUAAAUCAGUCAAAGAAUGCUUCUAUUGCCCAUUCAAAACCGAGGGAAUCUACAAAUAAUAUUGUUUAUGAAUUUGUUCCUAUAUCGCCGGAAACUAUAAAGGCUAGUCAACCAAAGGAAAAGUCAAAGGUUACUACAUCUGAGGAUACUCCUUGGGUUACUGAUUCUACUUUUACAAUUAAUCAAAACACUACUUUUACAAGUACUCCAACACCUGAAGUAAUUAAUAAUGAUUGUAAUCUUGCGUAUUCCGUAGUAAAUUCUUCGGAUAAUUCAGAUAAUUUGAACUAUAUUACAAGUGAUCAAAUUGAUUGGAAUUUAAAUUUAUUAACUGCGCAAUAUCCGGUGGAUCUAUUUUAUGACAAUUGUUGUAUGCUUCAAGGUUUUUCACAGGGAUUACCAAAUGAGAGAAUUGGGACUGAGCUGCAGGAUUUAUAUUUACAAAGUUAUCUUUGA